AUAAGAUGGAUUUCCCCACUGACAAGCUAUUUUUAGUAUGUCUGGUUGCGGAAACGUGCUUACGUUUUCUCUGAAAAGCGGCAAGCGCGUUUAUAUGUUUCGUCAGCGGUGUUACACAAGGCAUUUAUUGAGAAGAAAUCGGGACGACUAGUUUGAAGAGUGACUAUACAACUAGAAAGACUCUGGUCAAUAUCAGAAUUUUAACCGAACAGUUGGGAGAAAAUUAUAAUUAGCCUACUAUUUUAAUUGCAAGAUAUAUUUAAUAGUGGGAAUUAAGCAAGCGGGAUGGCCGUAGCUGGAUUAAGACUUAUGUAUCACGGCCUCACUCAGCCGGGAGUAAUGUGUAAACUCACUCAUCAUGGUGCUGACGUCGGCGUUAGCGCAGUGAAGACGGCAGUGACGAGAACUUGGGCACUGCAAUUUCCCAAAAGAUUGAACUCCACCCAGGCAUACAACUCACAGGUGAAGGAAAACUACGCAAAAGAGGCUGAGAACAAAAUAAACAAAACAAACAAAAUAAACGAGGUCCCACAGUUGCAAAGCAUAGAUCACUUCAGAUCAAGUAAGGCACAAAAGCAAGGCAAAGACAAUGGAGCUUAUAUAUUACCACACCCUAUAUGGAGUGAGGAAGAGCUAAAUUCAGUGGAAAUAACACACAGGGUGCCAGAGAAUUUUACAGACAAGGCUGCAUUUUACAGUGUGAAAAUUCUACGAAACAGCUUUGACAUUUUCUCUGGCUUCAACUGGAGAAAGAGAUCAGAGAAACAGUGGCUGCGACGUAUUAUUUUCCUGGAAACUGUUGCUGGGGUACCAGGCAUGAUGGCUGCUAUGGUGAGGCAUCUGAAUUCCUUGAGAAGGAUGCAGCGAGAUCAUGGAUGGAUACACACACUAUUAGAAGAGGCAGAGAAUGAGAGAAUGCACCUUAUGACAGCUCUACAGAUAAGAAAACCAGGACUUGCUUUUAGAGGGUGUGUCCUUUUAGCUCAAGGGGUCUUUGUGAACGUGUUCUUUGUGUCCUACCUAAUCAGUCCAUAUUUCUGCCAUCGGUUUGUGGGAUAUCUGGAGGAAGAAGCUGUGAAAACUUACACAAAAUGUUUACAGGACAUAGACAGUGGUUCUCUACCUUGGAAAAAUUCACCUGCACCACCCAUCGCAAAAGAUUACUGGCAAUUACCGCCAGAUGCCAUGAUGCGUGAUGUCAUAUUAGCCAUCAGAGCAGAUGAAGCACAUCACCGUGUCGUGAACCACACUUUGGGCUCUUUGAAGGAGGACGAACCUAACCCAUAUGGACCUGGCAGAUAGGGGGCAAGGUUCAAAAGAAAGACUCCUAAAAAACCAGAAGAUCAAAAUAUGAAUUGAUCAAAUGUAAAAAACGAUCAGUGCAUCUGACCUGGCACACAAUACUUACAUGUUUUCCACUGAUGUGCAAAGCACGUGACAGAGGUUAGGUUAAGGCAGAAGAGGCCCUCUUUUCAUUUUAUAUAUCCCCAGAUUGAGUCGGUGUCCUGUGAUAGCUCAUGGGUGUGGUGCAGAUCUACCAAGUAGAACGUGGUUUGCCUUGUGUAUAUUUAUGACCGGGGGAUUUAGACUUAAAAGAACCACUUGGAAAACAGUUCAGAAUUGUUGCUCAUUUUAAAAUAUGCUGAAGCUAUGACGAAUGGCUUCUAAUAUUUUACCUCAUUUCGGCACAUUAUGGUGCCACAUCACUGCCUGUGGGGGAUGGGAAGUUAUUGGGAGAGGUGGGAUAGUUACUCUGCUUUGAUCACCUCUUGACUAACAACUUUUACCCAUGGUUCUUCAUGGCUUUUGUUCUGGUGCUCCCUCAAAAAAGAACUUGGACUAAGUAAAAGUGAUAAAUGUUCUUAAUUGUGUGAUACAAUUUGCAUUAUUUUGAUGUGUUACCAGGGCAGUAUCGGUGGUUAAGCAUAAUUGUACACAUUUAUCUUCUCAUUUUUUGCCUUGAGUUGCACUUUCUAGUGGUGACAUACAGGCACGUUUUUUAUAUGUAGCGCUUUACAAAUAUUGCUCAGAAUGUUUUAGAAUCUCGUGUCACAUUUUACAUGUACAAUUUUAUUUAUUGAGAAACUUAUCAGUUAUAAAUAUUGGUGUCGUAUACAGAAUAUAUGUUUGUGCAAUUGUAUUCAGAAUGUGACUUGGAUUCUAAUUUAUUAAACUUAAUGGUAUAAAGUCUAUCUCUC